AUGGAUCAUCCUAAUAAUGAUAUUUUCCAAAAUCUAGAUAUGCCCUUAUUAGAAGUUUUUCAAAGAGGUCAAAUAAAUAAUUAUUUAGAUUCUUUAUCUAUUGAAGAUAGAACUGAUACAAUAGAAGCAAUCCAUAGAGUAAUGAGAAAUCAUAACCAACAACAACAGCAAUCACAACAACAACCAUCACAAGCAAAUAGAACUACACAUAUUAAUAACUAUUUGAGAAUACGAUGGUUUAAAUUUUUACCUAUUUUUCUAUUAAAUUAUUCAGUAAUUUGGUCAAAUUUGACAUUGGAAAAUAUCAAACACUUUAUAAAAUUAAGUAUUACUAAAUUAUUCUUUUUAUUAGCUCAAAGUCUAAGAAUGGUAUUUUUUUUAAUUAUGAUUCAAUCAUAUUUUCAUGGACUUAUAAAUAUGAUUUUUGCAUUUUGUGAUGUUUUAACAUUUAGUGAUAAUUUUUUAAAAGAUUUAGUAACUUUCUUAGUUGAUAAUAAUCAAUAUAUUUUAAAAUGUCAUGAAAAUUUAGUUGCUCAUGGAAAUGAUUUAUUUUAUUUUUUUGAUUUAAAAGAAUAUGAAACAAAUUCAGUAUUAGAAAAUUUUCAAUUUUUAGUGUUAAAUUACUUAUCUUCAUUUUUAAUGACUGAUUGUGUUAAUUCUAAAGGUAAUGUUGUAUGUAAACCAAUCAAGAACACACUAAUAUUCAAAUUAUAUGAUGCAGUAUAUCAAUCAUUUCCUAAUUCAAGUAAGUUAUCAUUAAAAUAUUUAACAAUGAUGAUUUAUUUAUCUUAUGCUUUAAUUGGUAAUGUGAUUUGUAUAAAUAUUUUGAUGUUUUUUGUUUAUAAUUUUAUGAAUAAAUUGUUUGGGUACACUCAAUUUAUUAAGAAUAUGAAAGACGUUGUUAAAUCUACUUUUAUUCAAUAUUUAGCUUAA